UUUCUUCUCCAUCAACUCAGCGAACAAGGCAACUUUGUCCGCUGACGGCCGAAUCUCCGUUUACGCCGAGCGGUGCACUGAACUUGGGUCGAUGUCAAAAGAUAAUCGCCACGAUGGACGACGGCGUGGCGCCGGUCAACACCGAAUCGGUGCGAGACUUGGCCAAGGCGGGGACGGGAGAGAGAGGUCCGGUAGCAAUAGCUCGGGCUCCUCGCAUGGAGGAGGCAAGAGCAGGAACACGUCCCUAACCGCUCUGAAGGCAUCCUUCCAGCGAUCCAACAGCCAUGACAAGGUGAGGAAGAUAGUGGCAGAGGAGGGCCGUGCUGCUCGGAACCUCAUCGCCUGGAGUGUCCCACUGGAGAACAAAGAGGAGGAAGCAAAGGCCAAAAACAACUCCAGCAGUAAUCCGAGGGCUCAGAGAGUCAACUCUGGGGUACAUCGGAAUAAGAACAAGAAUGCAGGUGUGGAAAGCAAAAGCACAGCUGGUGCCUUGCUGGACAAGGGGCCAGAGAAGAGCCCGACCAAAGCCAGGCAGCCACGCAAGGUGGACCUGCGAGCGCGCUACUGGGCUUUCCUUUUCGACAACCUGCGCCGGGCCGUUGACGAGAUCUAUGUCACCUGUGAAUCCGACCAGAGUGUUGUAGAGUGCAAGGAGGUGCUGAUGAUGUUGGACAACUAUGUACGGGACUUCAAAGCGCUCAUAGACUGGAUCCAGCUUCAGGAGAAGUUGGAAAAAACUGAUGCCCAGAACAGACCCACCUCCUUAGCCUGGGAGGUGCGUAAGAUGUCUCCUGGACGACACGUGAUGCCCAGCCCUUCGGCAGACAGGAUGGUUCCAUCUCCAAGUGCACGACGCUCCCUCAACUUUGGCGGUCCCCCACCUAGCCUGGCUGCAUCUCGGCUCUCCCACUCAGGCCCCAGCUGGGCUGACCGAGUCAAGUCCUCCCAGUCCCUCCCCAUUACCAAUCAGCCUUCCAGUUCCCCUGUAGAGAAACCUGGUAAGAAGGAUGCUGAAGGAUGGGAAACUGUCCAGAGAGGACGCCCCACCAAGCCUCGUUCCGCUGCCAUAGCUGCUAAGGUCAGUCCAGUCCCAGCUCGUGUCACACCCAAACAGGACAGUACCAAGGACAACAAGCCACAGUCGCAGCCCCGCAGGGAGCGACAACUCAGUCCCCCCUGCCCCCAGGAUAAGGACAGGGCCCAGCCGGACUCUGCCCAGCCAGUCCUUGCAAAUCCUGCCCCGAUGGAGGAGGAGGCUAGAGACCCUGCGAAAGGGCAUAUGAUUGAGCCCCGGGCAGAGAGUGUGCAAGAUUCUGGGCAGUGUGUCGACGCACCUUGUGAAGAUGCGCCUCCCCAAGUGUCAGCUCACGCCCCCACCCAAGCCCCAGAACCCACCCCAUCCUCAGCCCCUGUCCCUCCCACAGCCCUAUCCAUAACCGUCCCAGUCCCCACAGUAGCCCCAGACCCAGCCCAAACGGACAGGCUUGGCGUUCUGCCAGCCUCGGGGGAUGAUGGGGCCAUGGGGGGUGCAUCACAGGGCAUGGCAACAUCUGCUCCAGGACAGGCCGAGGCUCCCGUGGCAGUGGUGAAACUGGAGAGUGUGCUGGACCCCACAGAGCUUUCUACUCCCCAGUCCAUGGCAGAGGUCCUUGCUAAGAAAGAGGAGCUGGCUGACCGCCUGGAGCGGGCCAAUGAGGAGGCCAUUGCUAGUGCUAUUGCUGAGGAGGAGCAGCUGACUAGAGAAAUUCAGGCUGAGAAUGACCACCUCGAGACGGACACUGAAAGUGACUUCUCAGCUAGCAUUGGCAGCGGAGGAUGUGGACUCAACAUGGAUUGGAACGAUAUGCUGGCAGAUUAUGAUGCUCGGGAACCAUGGCGUCAAAGUACUUCAUGGGGGGACAUGGUGGAAGAGGAACCUGCCCGGCCUCCAGGACAUGGGAUCCACAUGCAUGAGAAAUUGUCCUCACCCUCACGUAAAAGAACUAUUGCCGAGUCCAAGAAGAAACACGAGGAGAAGCAGCUGAAGGCCCAGCAGCUGAGGGACAAGCUGCGCGAGGAGAAGACUCACAAACUCCAAAAGCUGCUGGAGCGGGAGAAGGAGGUGAGGAAAUGGAAGGAGGGGCUGUUGGAUCAGCGUCGCAAGAUGAUGGAGGAGAAGCUGUUGCAUGCAGAGUUCAAGCGGGAGCUGCAGCUCCAGGCUAUUGUGAAGAAGGCUCAGGAGGAGGAAGCCAAGGUUAACGAAAUAGCUUUCAUCAACACGCUGGAGGCCCAGAACAAGAGGCAUGACGUUCUGGCCAAGCUGAAUGAGUACGAAACACGCCUGAGUGAGCUGCAGGAGGAGCGACAGAGGAGACAGGAGGAGAAGCAAGCCCGGGACGAGGCCGUGCAGGAGCGUAAGCGGGCCCUGGAAGCAGAGCGGCAGGCCAGGGUGGAGGAGCUGCUGAUGCGAAGGAAGGAACAGGAGGCGCGUAUCGAACAGCAGAAGCAGGAGAAGGAGAGGGCCCGGGAGGACGCAGCACGGGAGAGGGCCAGAGACCGAGAGGAGCGUUUGGCAGCCCUGAGCGCUGCUCAGCAAGAAGCCAUGGAGGAGUUGCAGAAGAAAAUCCAGAUGAAACAUGACGAAAGCAGUCGGAGGCACAUGGAGCAGAUCGAGCAGAGGAAGGAGAAGGCAGCAGAGCUGAGCAGUGGUAGACAUGCCAACACAGAUUAUGCACCCAAACUGACGCCAUAUGAACGCAAGAAACAGUGCUCUCUCUGCAGUGUCAUGAUCACCUCAGAGGUGCACCUGUUCAGUCACACCAAGGGCAAGAAGCACCAGCAGGCUGUACGAGACAGUAGCAGCAUCCAGGGACGGGAGCUGUCUGACGAGGAAGUGGAGCAUCUUUCCCUGAAGAAAUACAUCGUGGAUAUCGUGACAGACGGCUCCGUCUCUUCUGAGAGCCUGAAGGACGGAGAGGAGAGGCAGAAGGCACGCAAGAAGGCAAAGAAGCUCCGCGCAAGGAUGAACUCCAGGGCAAAGGAAUAUGAGACGUCAAUGGAGCCGAAGACACAGGUCCCUGACUCCCCAUACAAAGCCAAGCUCCAGCGUCUGGUGAAGGACCUGUUGAAGCAGCUUCAGGGCCAAGACAGUGGCCAGUGGGCCAACAACAAAGUGUCUGGUCUGGACCGGACGCUGGGAGAGAUCUCCCGCAUCUUGGAGAAGCAGAACAAUGCGGAUCAGGUGGCCUUCCAAGUGGGAGGGGGGCUAUAUGCUUUGGAACAGAUUCUUCAGGUCAUCACUGCCGCCUCCACGCCCACCACGGUUCCUCGCAUCCCAGUCAAGUCCCUCUGUGCUGCCAUAAACACGUAUUACCUGGCGUGUUCUCGCUGCCCUGUCAACUGUUCCUACGUUCUCUUCAGCAACAAGAUUGCCCUCCUCAUGGACCUGAUGCUCCACCAGUUAACGCUAUAUGUGCCAGAUGAAGACAAGUCCAUCUUUGGGCGCAGUGUGAACAAGCAGGUUUUCGAGGGCCUGAUCACUGGCCUGCUACAGACAAGUGCCACCGUCCUGGGGCUCCUCUGGCCACAUGGCACCGAACAUGGCCUUGGUAAUAGCACUCGGAUCUGCUCCCCAGAUUCUAAGGCCAAAAGCACAGCUACAGAGUCCUUCAACACUCGGGCACAGGACCUCAUCAGCUACGUGGUGAACAUGGGUUUGAUUGACAAGCUGUACGGGUGCUUCCUGUCAAUCCAAGGUCCUGUAGAUGAGUGUCCCAAGAUGUCAGCCUUCCUCCAGCGAGCCUCAGCUCUGCUGCACAGCAUGUGUAGGCUGUGCUUCUCUGUGACUGCACGUUCCACCAGCAUAUUCGACAAUAAACGCCAGGAUCCAACCGGUCUGACGGCUCUCCUGCAGUCAACAGAUCUGGUUGGAGUGGUGCACACACUGUACUGUAUCUUGUUGCACAGCACCUUGCCAGAACCUGCUGCCCAAAGCCCCCAAGGCCUGCAGAAUCCCCAGGAGCCCUACGCCCCCGGGGUCAUCCAGGUGGCCCUGCAAGGCAUCCGCUUCCUCAACAGUUUUGCACUGCUUGACCUCUCUGCCUUCCAGUCCGUCCUGGGAGCUGAAGGCUUGUCUCUAGCUUUCCGCCACAUUGUCAGCUCCCUGCUGUGGUACUGCUCCCAGCAUUCCUCCGAGGAGCUCCUGCACGAAGUCAUUAUCUGUGUGGGCUACUUCACCGUCAACCACCCUGACAACCAGGUGAUAGUGCAGUCUGGCCGCCAGCCCAGCGUUCUGCAGAAACUGUGUCAGCUGCCCUUCCAGUAUUUCAGCCACCCACGUCUCAUCAAAGUGCUCUUCCCCUCCCUCAUCUCGGCCUGCUACAACAACCCCCAGAACAAGGUCAUCCUGCAGCAGGAGAUGAGCUGUGUGCUGCUGGCCACAUUCAUUCAGGACUCUGCCUCGUGUGAGAAAGACACAGAAAAUAAAGCGAAACCCGGAGACAAAGUGUCCCAGCUGCUGGAUUACUGCGAGUUGUCGAACCGCUUCCCAAGAGACCAGUGGGACUCGGCGCUGCAGUUCUUCCUCAAAAAACAGGAGGAGCAAUAGCGGCACAUUGUCCUUACAGUGGACACGCACAGUAUAAAGACUACAAGGGACCGAGAGACGCACUAAGCUCCACUCUGGAGCACUCUUUGUUUUUUGAUUAUUUUUUUUUUCCCUUUUUCUGUUUUCCUUGUUGGUUGUGACUUGAGGUCUGCACAUGGGGGGUUUAGAAAUUUUAGACUUUGAGCCUUGCCAAAAUGUGUGAAAUUGCCGAGCUCUCAAGCCUUACUGUAUGUGUUGAUAUAUUUGCCAAUUGUUUUUACGGAAACCGGUCCUUAAAGUCCUGCGGGCAUUUUUGCACAUAAAGGUAAAGUUGUCUGUGUCUUGCAUACAGCUUUAACGCACGCACAACUCUUCCAUUCAUUGCCCAACCUAAGCGUAUGUUUCCGUCCCUGUUUCGGUUGUGGAUUGAAACGGCUACUUUUUCGAGCAAUGACACAAAAAAAAAAAAAGUAAAGUAAAAAAAAAAAACCAGUUCCUUAAAGUUGUAUACAGAACGAUUCCGCUGUGUGUGUGUGUGUGUGUGUUGACGUAUCUUCUUUCUGUCUGACUAGUUAGAAUGUGAAAUACCUGAGCAGAAAGUUGUUUAUAUAAAUAGUACGGUUUGAUAAGUCACACGGACUGUGUUCGUUAUUUGUUGUUUCCCGUUUCCAAGUCCUUUUCUAUGUUACGAGCACUUGCAUAUUAAUAUAAUUUAUAGACCCAUAUAUGUACGUGAGACGUUUACCUUAAACUUUGCCACAAUAAAAUAAGUUCUUA